GCCCAGAUAGUGAUGGUCACACCUUUUCGUCGAGUGGACGAGACUUUCAGUUGCUAUGACAACUUCAUGGAGAUGGACAUCCUCGGGUCACCAGUUAGCAUUGAGUGUCAUCAUGCUUGGGAACACUUGAGACUUUUACUUCAAAAUGCUUGGAAAAGCAUUGGAGAAGAACAGGCACCCAAUUCCAUGGUUGAAGCAGGUACAAUUGGAGACAUUUUGACGGAGUCAUCACUAACGCUGAUCGGUUUCAGCAAAGGCUGUACAGUUCUCAAUCAGCUUAUGUAUGAACUAGAAGAUGCAUGCUCUAACAAAGCCAUACUUGCCUUUAUCAGAAGAAUCGAGGCCCUCUAUUGGCUCGAUGGAGGUCAUGUAGGGACUAUCCCAACGUAUGUUACAGAUGACAACGUCUUAAGAGAGAUCUCCAAACUUAAGGCUACCUUCUAUGUUCAUGUCACCCCCUACCAAGUGAAGGACGAAGGGCGUCCUCACAUAGGCGAAGAGCACCUUCAGUUCAUAUCCAAGCUGAUGCAGUAUGGAGCGGACAUCAAAAGCACGCUACACUUCAGGGACGAAAGCAGGUCGUUGAAGAAACACUUUGAGGUCAUCAAACUAUUCUGAGGGCAAUCUGAGGACUCCUGUUUCAGGCCCUAUGCUAUUCUUGAUGGAAGACACAUGAUUGAGCGAGCAGUCCAGAUUGGUCAGACCUAUCAAAGAUCAUUCAGUGCAGCCAGGGACCGGUCAGACCCAUCAAAGAUCAUUCAGUACAGCCAGGGACCGGUCAGACCCAUCAAAGAUCAUUCAGUACAGCCAGGGACCGGUCAGACCCAUCAAAGAUCAUUCAGUGCAGCCAGGGACCGGUCAGACCCAUGAGCAGUUACAGAGUCCAUUCUUAAUCUAAGGCUUGAGGUUUGCGUACAUUUAACGUAUUGGAUACUCAUUGAUUUUGAUAUACAUGUACGUUAUUCAGACGGCCAUAAAAAGUAAAUCAUUCAAUUAAUAGUGGAAUUGGAGAAGUAAUAGCCGAGUUUGAUGUUGAUUUAGGUUUAAAUCAUUAUAGUUGUGUACUUCUUAAGUAUUUUAUCAUUCCAUAGUAAAUAUUCUGUAUUUAACAACUCAGAAAAACUUCUUCUCACAAAGUAUCUAGAUCAUCAAGUUGCGUUAUUGCCAAAAGCACUUCUUAUAUUCAUUAUAUUCAUAUGCUAAAUUAGUUAUUAUUUAUUCCAUGUAUCUUUCAUGGGAAGUUUUCAUUGUAAAGGAAACUAAAUUUGCCAGAGAACUUCUUAAAGGUAUGGUAUUUUCCAGACCUAAUGGUGUUAGGUUUACAAUUUUGGUUUUAGAUAAUGUUCCAAAAUAGGGUAAUGGUUACGUACAACUGUACAUGUACAUGUAGGUGUUGCCUUUGGUCCAGGGUUCAUGUAAAGAAAUUUGUGGCGUCCUCCACAUGAUGCGUGAAUCUGAUAAAGUUCACAAACACUAAUCCACAUCAAUGCCAUGUUCAGGUUCGUCAAGACUAGUCAUCUCCAAUCAACAAACAAAUUCAGGCCUGUUGUAGCUGUACAAUAUCUUUGAACAAACUUUUCCUGAAACUGCUGUAACUAAGCAACUUCAACUGUACUGGUUUCACUUGAAUACUAAAGCCUGCUUAAUACAAUCAUGACAAAUCCUAGUUAUCCUUCAUCUAACAGGCAGUCUUCAGCCCUUGUACUCCAGGUAAUUAAGGAGCCUCCUCUUUGAUCGAACGUAUCGCUCUCUUCUCUUUGUCUUCCACACUGUAAGAGUCCUAGACCUUGACAAAAUGUCUAUUUCUUGCCCCUAGUCAAACCUAUCUGUUAUGUCUUCUUUCUCAUUUUGAAUAAUGAUGAAUUGAAGUAUUAAUAAUUUUUUUUCUUCAUGUUGGAAUAGUUACCUGGAGAAGUUGCAGGACUUUCACCAUUUUGUGAUGAUCGUCUAUUGUUCAUCCUUUAGUUCAUACGUUGAAGCACCUUGUUUGGGCGUCAACCGGUCAUGUCCGAGGACGCUCAUUGAUUGCCCAUUUCUGCUUGUGGACAUGCUUAAACAUUUCAUGCACAGAAUUCCAGCGUGUCUUCACCGACUGGAUGAGCUUGUGCUUGGUAAGUUAUGUUGCUCCUGCUUAGCACUCAAUGACUUGCUGGCAAUUACGGAGUGCCUAAAGUGGCCAACAAGUCUCGAAGUGGCCGCCAUACAGGUCUCUGGGACUUCAAAGUCCAAAUCUUUUUUAGUUCCGGGAGAACAUAUACAGUCACCUUACUGCGAGGUGACAAACAAUUAUUAAUUGCCAAAAUAACAGCAUCAACAAAUAUAAUUUUGCCAAAGUGGUUGAGAUGCAGUCAGCCAUAUUCACGUAAAUCCUCUAAUCUAUCAAACAAAUUACACUGUAUAAUAUAAUUUACAGUUCUCCCCAACAAGCACGCUAAAUUGUUCAUGUUGAUAUUGUAAUAUGCUGUUUGCAUAAAGAUCCUCAGGGUCCCAUCUGGGCAAAAUAGCAUUACAAAUGAUUAAUGCUGAUCGAUAUAGUUCCCACACUGUAUUAUAAGGUAGUCAAUAAUGUUCAACAUCAGCAUCCUACACAUUCCUGUUCAGAUUGUUAGUUCCUACGUGUCAAGAAACAACAUCAACGCCAAAAUAUGCUUGUGUAAUGGUUUCUAUACUCAUGUACAAAUGUAGUGAUUGUGGAAGGAGUUUUAGGAGCUGGUCCUCCCCCUGUCAAUCUCCUUCCCGAACUCCACAAGCUCCACUCAUUCUUCGCCACCAGCUUCAUGCGUUUCCAUUGCUCCUUGAGCUCUUUUAGUUCUCUCUUUGUUCCAUAUCGAGCUUGGAACAUCAGGUGAAUGCGGCUCCACUCGUUGUUCUUUGCCACAUUGGCCUCAUAGUCGUUCUUCUUAUUCUCGAUGACCUCUACACUUUCUGCUAAUAAUUCCAGAAGAUAGUGUUUCUCGAUCGCAUCCCAAUUUGCCUUUCUUUGCUUCCUACUAGACUCUGCCAUUGUGAGCUACCUGUAGACUUACGGUAGUUCUAAUUUUAAGAUUAAUAUUGCGCAGUCUCUCCGUUUCGUUGCAUCCUCUCGUAGAAGGCGGCGAAUGGGUUCUCUUUUGGAGUGUCCCCAUACUCUGCCUUCAGCUCCUCCACUGCAUCUGCUGCCGUCUGCAAGGACUUUCCUCACUUGUGUAAAUGCUGGUCCAGUUGUGGGUGGCACUUCCGGUUGGGCGGACAGGUUAAGUGGGGCUUCAAAUGUGAGCUCUGCCUCUCUCCGUUCCGUUGCAGUGGCUUGCAGAUUUCCAUUUGGAUCGAGAACACAAUAAACAAACAAAAUUUAAGUCAAGUUUCAUCAGUGAAAUCCUCAUCCUCUGAAAUCUCCGCCCCAGAAAUCUCUGCAUCCUCCCAAGUCAUUCUUGUAAUCCGAGUAGGUGCUUUCAUGUAUCUCCGCAUUCUCAGAGUGCCUGGGGAGAAAAAAAAUCCAUGUUUGUGCCGUAAUUCUGAUAUACGUCAGAAACGUUCUGCACAUGAGGAAUAUACUGCACAAUUGAUGCAGCAGCUCUAUCAUGCUGGCCCUCAAUGAUCAUGAGCUUGAGAGAACGAGUAAGGUGUCUCAAGCCUUUUUGUUGCUUGGACACCUCCUUGCCCAUGUUGACAACACAUUUAGAUAGGUUGAGGUGUUGUUUGCGCAUAGUAUUCAGAAACUGCCUCAUUUCUCGCACCAGGACAUACUGCUCCUCUCUACAUCUUGCCUGCUUUGUUCUUUGCUUGGACACCUCCUUGCCCAUGUUGACAACACAUUUAGAUAGUGUGAGGUGUUGUUGGCGCAUAGUAGUCAGAAAUUGCUUCAUUUCUUGCACCAGGACAUGCUGCUCCUCUCUACUUCUAGCUUCCUUGUUCAGGAGGUCAACAGUGUUACGCUGAAGGGGACUUAGGCUAGAUCCCUGCAAGUGGGUCAAACAUAAAGGAAUAUUAAGGUGUGUGACAGUUUUGCUAACAGUGUUAGCAUUUGGCUUUGCAGGUUUAUCGCUCCGCUCCCCCGUAGAGGUAGCGGACUGAGCCGCUGGCUUACCCCCGCCUGUGGCGGCCUGGGAAGCGGUUGCCGAUGCGGUGGUACAACCUGUAGUGGUUUUACCACCGGCCGAUUUUGACGUUGAUUUUUCCAUGAAAAAAGCCUUUCUAUCCACCGAUGGAGUGUUUGAUAGAAGCUACAAGGGAUAAUUUGUCAAACUAUUGUUAAAAAAACGCUACUACGAAGAAGAGUCCAAAUUUGUUUGAGGAGAACAAAUUCCGAAAACGGGACUCAGUGAGACGCCAUUUGCAAGCUGUAACGUAAUCUCAUACGAAGUAAAAUGUUAAAAUGAAUAGCAGAAGAAUGCCAUACACUGACAACAAUCUACAUGCCAAUGAUGGAAUGGACAUAUAAAAUACUGGCAAUGGAUAGGAAUACGACCUUCCUGAUUUAUUUUGUUAAACACUGAUGGUAAACUUCAUUUUAAUAGCUGGUACAUGUAUGUGCUUUGACAUUAAUCUGUGACUUUCUAUAAAGCAAGGUACUGUCAUAAAUAAACAUUCUUGAAGCUAAAAAAUGACUACACCACUGGAUAUGCC